UGGGUCUAAAUUGUAUAAAGUUUUUUGUGUGAAAUAAUGCCAGCUAAAAUAAAGAAUGAGAAAACGAAAAGUUCGGAAGAACAACCAUCUAGUGAUCUUCUAGAGAUAUACAGUCCUCUAAAAAUAGGGAAAAUACUCCCAACAUCCAACAAAAAGAAAGAAAACGUUUUUCAGAAUUUUCAGCCCAAAACUGGAGAAUGUUUAGACUACAACAUUUCGGAAACGUUCGUAAAAUGGAAUGUCGGCGACACAAAAAUCAAUGUGAAAGAAGUCAAAGCCACGUACGUGCCUCUCCCGCCGGAUAGUGUGAAAAUCGGGAAGAAGAAGAAAGUGAAGUAUUCACACGGGGCUCCUCCCCAAUGGGAGUUCGUCGACGAAAUUUGGAGGAAUAAACAGGAUGAGCUGCAAUUACAAAAUAAGAAGAAUUUCAAGCAGUUCUUGAUUCGAAGGAAUCAGAGAUGUAUGCAACAAGCGGCGAUUCUUCACAAUCUCAUAACCUCCAUGGUCGGUCCGGCCUGGUUCCAAGAGCUGUCUCCGAAACAGCUCAGAACAGUCGAACGGCUGAGCCUCUCCAUGCUGAGGGACUUCAGGGACGGAACAAUCGUCCACACCAACGAGACCAUCGCUGAUCUGGGUCUGGUGUUGCGACCGAACUCCAAGCACGUCGGGUUGGCCUUGAAGUUGUGUUGCGGUUGCCCGGUGGAGUUUCUUUUGAUUCUGUACCAGCUGAUCAAUCCCAAGAGGAAAUCGUAUUCAAUCAAUGACAGAUUGCUGUUGUCUGCUGUUGUACAUUUGACCAUGACUGAGACUUUGAGAGAAUUGCAUAUUAGGAUUCCGUCACCACCUAAACGAAAAAAAACUAAACCCAAAGUUCCGAAAAGAGUCGAGAAGAAAGAUUAUAAAUCACCAUAUUUGGUGCCAUAUACCUUCAAAGCGGAACGUCAAAAAUGCUCAGGAAUUUAUGAAAACAAGCACAUUCAGUAUCCUGAGAGCCCAUAUUUUUCGUAUCUGGAUUCGUUGCAUUGGGAAAUCAAAAAUUGUGAAAACAUUCUUGACAGUGAAUUACCAGACAUGGAAGAUGCAGGUGAACGAGAAUUGCUUGAGGACAUGCAAAAUGCCCAGAAAUUCUAUAAUACUAUAUGUAAAAACGUUGGCACAAUCAAAUUGUUGAGACCUACGAUUAAGAAAACUUGUCAAGAUUUCCAAAUUUACUCAAAUCGAUCGAAGAGAGAGAAAGAUAAGCUAGUCUUGCCUCCCCUAGCUGAACUCGAAGAUACAAGCGAAAAAUGUACAUGCCUCGAACCUAUAAAGGAUUCAGAUGAUGAUGAUUGCUGCGAACACGAUUUCUUUGAAGCAUGUGAAUGUGAAGACUCAUGUUGUUGCAAAGAAAAAUCAAAACUGUUCAUGUCCUCUCUGUGCCAACGAUGCAUCGCUCAAAGACAGCACAAAAAUGCCAGAAACAUCGUGACCGGCGUCACAAUAACAAAAGACCAAAACGUCAUUCCUAUCAUUGGUGGAACAUUCAUAGAAAAAACUUGCGAAUGCUUGACGGAGUAUAAACUAACGCUGAAGGGGGUAGCAGCCAGGAACAGAAUAAAAUGUCAGAAGGCUGUGUUUGUUAUUGGAGGUGUCGUUCAUACUAAAAUUGGACCAGUAUAUUUGAUAUCAACAGCGCUGGUGAAAAAUCACAGAGUUGUGGAAAAGGAAGAACCAACUUGUAGUAUGAGGAAUUCCAAAUGUAUUUGUGAAAAACCAGCUGAAGAUGAAACUGAAGCCAAGAAGGGCAUCCAUAGAAGCGAUGACAAUCUGAUUGGCAUCACCAAAAAGAAAGCAGUUACUCGAGAAAAAAGAGACUGUGAAUGCAGGAAAGAACUGGAUAGAUUUCUGGAGCACAAAUGCACUUGCGAGGAGUGCCAAACUGAAGCAUCAAAGCAAACCACCUACAUCUUGCAAGGCAUCAAAACCAUCCAAGAAAAACCCGUGAAUAUCAUAGCUGGUGUGCAAGAUCAAAAAUGCGAUUGCCUCCACAAAUACCUAGACACCAUCAAAAAAGUGGACGAGUACAGAGAUAGAGCCAUGGCUAGAUACGAGUUGAAGCAGCAAAUCACCAAGUAUGUGGUAACAGGGGUGACUAAUACCCCCGAAGGUCCUGUGUACUCUAUCGGGGGAGUCAGAUCUCCCGUACAGUGCGUAUGCGCCGAAGUCGCCAGACGAAGAAAAGAAGAAGAAGAACAUUCCAAACGCAUGGCUAGGAUGCCUAAUACCGGCAGGAUCAAAUACGAAAUUUCUGGCGUCAGACAUGGAUCGCAGGAAAACACUUUUAUAAUAUCCAAGGCUCUACCUGUGGAACCAUGCUCCUGCGAAAAGCUAUUUGAACAGUACGAGAACGCGCAUAGAAGUUGUUUGGAUUAUUUCGACGAAUAUUUGGCACAGAUAGCUGCGGAACUUGGAGAGAAUGAUGGUGAAGAAUCCGAGGCUAUCGAGGAAGCACCUGUUGCAUCUGUUGAAAAUCCAGCCGCAUUGCCAUCUGUCGAUGUCAGUGCGCCAUUUCAGCCUAGCCUUAUGCCAGAAAAACUCAAUUCGACUAAAUUGGAGUCAGUCGGCAGCAGCUGCUACGGUGUUUCUUCAAGUUCGUCAAGUCAGCCGAAUGCAGAUGUCAAGAAGUCUUGUGAUAAUGAAUUGGAGGAGGUAUCUGAGUGUUGUCAGACGAAUUCUGAUCCGUCAAUUGCUCCUUUGGAUAGUUCACCUUUAGCACCCAUCAAGUCAGCCGGAAAUAAGAGCGAAGUUGAGCUGAAACGUUUUGUUGUGUUGGACAAAAUUCCGAGUGACUUUAGGAAACAGAUGGCUAUUCUCAAGAAAGUUCUAUCUAGAAUGGCAGUCGAUGGAUUCCCACUAGCCAAACUACCAGAUUGUCACAAACUACCUCAUUUCAAAUUAUGGAUGCAACUCCGAUGCGGUAAAUUUUGGAAACAAAAAGACCGAUCUUAUUAUGAGAAUUUCUCCAAGUUUGGCUCCAAACAUACCCAGGUCUGCUACCAUGAAGUACCAAUACCUAAAUUAAAUCUGAGUUAUGAAGAUGCUGCGAAAUUUUCUUGGUUCGACGCUAAAUUUUGCAGGGAAUUGAUAAGACAGAAAAACGAAAUAUAUCACCGUGCUGUCAAGCAGCAAAGAAUAAACGGUGCUAGAGAACAUUUUCCCUUGACCUUUUCGUACGAAUUUCCCUGUCCAACGUUCCGAGAUUGCUAUUUCGCUUAUUUUCCGAGCAAAGAAGAAGAUAUUUUCGUAGGCGGGUCAUAAAUUCAGACGGUUUCAUUUGUAGUAUUUUUCCCAUUUUCAUAGUUAUCAAUAAAAACGACAUUUCGUGUCAGUUUUGUUUAUUUACAAACAGUACUAUGGAAUAAAAAACUUAUAAAAUACUCUGUGGAAUACUGAGAAUCGGACUUCUUGAGCUUCUAAUACCUUAUCUGUUCGGUGCUGGAGCUUGUUUCAAUUAUCGAUCCAUUUUCUGUGUCAUUUGAAAUAUUUGUUUCGACUAUUUUAUUUUCACUUCUUUCUGUGCUGUGCCAUAAUCCGUAGAUGAAAUAUAUCAG